CAUCACUCACUCUGUUCACUAAACUGAAGUCUGUGUGUACAAUGUUGUUUCAAAAAAGUGUACUUAAUUCCUGAUAUUUUUCGCUGUAUGUGUAGUUAUGCUCUCUUGGAUUAAUUUCCUGUCCAGACCACCUCUGUGUUCUCGCUGUUAUUUUCCAAGUGCGGGGAUUUUAAUAUUAUUCUCUCAGUUGAAAUUGACAGCAGUUGCGCGCGUUGAGCCUAAUGUAAACAUACCCCGAUCGGCAGUCGCAGAUUAAGUGUUUUUUGUUAAUCCACUGAUUCACCUGGAAUCACCGUCAGCGGCUGCCAAAGGCUUCAAAGUGUGUUAGAGUCCGUGGGAAAUGUUUCGGUCUAUUGUUUAGGCCCUGAACUGAAGUUAACCCGUUUAUUUGAGUCUGCCAGAGUGUGUCUGGUUUAUCCCGAGGCCUCAGAUCUGUGGAUGAGGAAGUGAACGGACCGAGCUCACCCAGGUCAUUAAAUGCUCUUUAUUUUGUGUCGGUUUUAUCAUAUGCAUGCUUGAUAAAGACAUCGUAUCCGUUUAUGUCUGUCACGAAUCGGUUUAUUUGCUUGUAAAGCGGGAAGUGUCUCUUUAGCAUGUUAGCACGAUGCUCAUUUUGGCCUACAGUGUCAGGCGGCUAACUGAAAAUUAGGAUUUUAACCUGAAAACUGAUAUGAAUGAUUGAUUCAAGGUGCCAUGGAAAAUGCAUGUGUUUAUGGUCUUAAUUAUGUGUUAACAUCUAAACACAGUGGCUGAAUUGAAUUGGCAGUACUUUUGACAGGAGAAAGGAUCCCAUUUCAUGGGAGAAUCCUCUGUCCUUUGCUCCUGGGUGAAUCGGUGAUCUGUCAAAAUGGAUGAGCAAGAGGCCCUGAAUUCCAUAAUGCAGGACCUGGUGGUAUUGCACCGAUCCAGCCGACCAUCCGGUCUGUCUGACCUGGGGAAACCCAAGGCCUCCUCCCCCAAGAACCAGAAUGAUGUAAGGGUGAAGUUUGAGUACAGAGGAGAGAAGAGGAUCCUACAGUUCCCACGACCUGUCAGUCUGGAAGAUCUGAGCACCAAAGCUAAAGUAGCCUUUGGGCAAAUCAUGGAACUGCAUUACACCAAUAAUGAGCUUGUGAUUCCGUUGAGUACUCAGGAUGAUCUGGAUAAAGCCGUGGAACUGCUGGAUCGCUCCGUGCACAUGAAAAGCCUGAAAAUCCUACUGGUGCUCCCCUCCUGCACUCAGAACUCCAGUAAGGACCUGAUGCCUACUCAUGAGAACUUGGACAACAAAGACUUCAGAGCUCCAGAUAAAAAGAGCAUGCUGGCACUCAUAGGUUCACAUUCAACAGAUCGCAGUUCUCCUCCUCCAGGCUAUAUUCCUGACGUCUUGCAGCAGGUGGCCAGAAAUGGCUCAUUCACCAGCAUCAAUAGUGAGGGCGAGUUCAUACCAGAGAGCAUGGACCAGAUGCUGGACCCUUUAUCAAUGAGCAGUCCUGAGAAUUCCGCAUCAGGCAGCUGUCCUUCCCUAGACAGUCCACUCGAUAGUGAUAACUAUCCCAAAUCACGUAUGCCACGUGCCCUGAGCUACCCGGAUAACCAUCAGGAGUUCCCUGAGUACGAUAUUCCAGUGUUUGAGAAAACUGGGAAGGGAGGCACUUACCCGAGGCGAUAUCACAUCUCGUUUGGUCUGCAGGACUACAGCGAUGGGCGGAAGACGUUUCCCAGGGCACGACGGACACAGGCUCAUGGUUUUCGUUCUCCGGUGAGUUUUAGUCCGACAGAACAGCAGAGCCCCAGCACCAGCAGUGGAAGCAGUAUCUUUACGCCUGAGCUAGAGGAACCUGGACGCAGACGACGCGGCAGCGAUAUAGAGCACAGCCCCAACCCCACUCUAUCAGUGAUGGACAUCAGCCCUCCCAGCCGCUCUCCUCGGGCUCCAACAAACUGGCGUUUGGGGAAACAUUUGGGGCAAGGAGCAUUCGGACGAGUGUUUCUCUGCUACGAUGCAGACACUGGCCGAGAGCUCGCCGUUAAACAGGUCCAGUUUGACCCGGAUAGCCCUGAGACAAGCAAGGAGGUGAGUGCCCUGGAGUGUGAGAUCCAACUACUGAAGAAUCUCUUCCAUGAACGCAUCGUUCAGUACUACGGUUGCUUGCGGGACACACAUGAAAGAACGCUCUCUAUCUUCAUGGAGUACAUGCCUGGGGGCUCCAUUAAAGACCAGCUGAAGUCAUACGGUGCUCUAACGGAGAACGUCACACGGAAAUACACACGGCAGAUAUUGGAAGGCGUGUGCUACCUGCAUAGUAACAUGAUCGUCCACAGAGACAUCAAAGGUGCCAAUAUCCUCCGAGACUCUGCAGGUAACGUGAAGCUGGGUGACUUUGGAGCGAGUCGGCGGCUUCAGACCAUUUGCCUCUCUGGAACGGGCAUCAAGUCUGUGACUGGAACACCCUACUGGAUGAGCCCUGAGGUCAUUAGUGGAGAGGGCUACGGAAGGAAAGCUGACAUCUGGAGCAUCGGCUGCACCGUGGUGGAGAUGCUGACUCAGCGGCCGCCCUGGGCAGAGUACGAAGCAAUGGCAGCCAUUUUUAAAAUCGCCACACAGCCCACCAACCCCACUCUUCCACCUCAUGUGUCAGACCACUGCCGCGAUUUCCUUAAAAGGAUUUUUGUGGAGACAAAACAGCGACCUGCUGCUGAGGACCUAUUACGGCACACUUUUGUCUACUAGACACUCCCCCUUCUAUCUCUGACCAAUCAGAGACUUCCUUAAGUGUCUGUAGGAUCAUCCACUUUUGAGACUCUUCCCAGCAGGCUUCAGCGCCACCACUGGACAAGAGCGCAUUGGGGUGACAAACAAGGCGGCAACGUCCUAAAUCUCAGUGAUUUGGAGAAGCUUGAUUCUGUAUGAAAACAUUGCACCUUAAUUUCACUCAGGGGUAAGUACCCCUAAAGACAUAUGGAUAACGGUACCGUGAAAGACUAAAGGUUUUCUUUUAUGUGUUUGAAAUAUUCUGAUAUUCCCCUUGAUUGUCGAGAGAGAGCCUUAGCUCUGGGGAGUCCAGUUGAGUUCUGGAUGCACUGUGUUAAUGCAGGAAGAUAUUGGAAUGUCAACGCCAGAACAAGGCAAGUACGCCAAUAAGCUGCUAACGGUUAAAUGGGAAAAAAUGAAACGAAAAAGAAGAGAUGACAGGAUGCGUGGGACUCUCCAGCACAGCUGUCAUGGCACUUCUAUAAGUUCUCGUUUUCUUGCACAGUCCUCGUAGAACAUACACACUUGUACAGUGGGGUCCAACAGUCUGAGACCACAUUGAAAAGUAUGUGAUUAAACAGGAAUAAACCUGGAUAUAAACUAUGUUUUGGGGUUUUGUACAUUUUAAAACAGUAAAAUGAAGAAGAAAUAUUUAAGAUUCUGCACCAUUUCUAGCUCACUAAUCAAAUGUAAGCAAAUUUGUGACAUUGACCUUUAAGUUCAGAAGUUCAGAUUUCCUUGCUUCCAUUUGAGGCACACAAGAUUUGACCAAAUCCUAAUAACAGCUGUUAUACUGAUAAUACAAUUUGUAAUGAAACAGAUUGUAUUCAAUUAGGAAAGAGUGCAAAAUAGAAUCAUUUUCAUAGUAGUCUCAUACAUUUGGAUCCUACUGUACAAACACUGAUCAAAGGUCUUACUAUAGAAUAUUUAUUUACUAUGCUGUACAAACAUUACGUUUGCUGGACUUUUCCAUCACCACCUGAUUGCGCCACAUACCAGAGUGCACUCACUCUCUAGCUCUAGAAUCGUCAGGGUCUGUCGUACCUCUGUUCUUUUCUACCGCCUGAUACGUUUCUGUCUUUACUGUGUGCCUUUUUCAAAAAACAAAAAAACAACAAAAAAAACAACAAUAACAAAGCCCUUCCGUGUUUUUCUAUUCUGCUCUGUCAUCAGUAUCCGCUCACUUUUCUAGAAUUCAAGUCUUUCUGACUUUAGCCUGUACAGGAAUUAGGAACACUCAGCUCUUCAUACGGUUUCUAGAUUAGCAUAAGCAGCUCUACUCUGCCUUCUUUCCACUCAGUCCCACUGCUGGUAAACUGACCUCAGGUCAGAUUCACCUGUGCAUUCUUUCAACACAGUGCCGUACACUUCAAUCUGAUCAAAUGCAGGUUGAAUAUAGACAUGCACUCACCAAAGCGAAAAACCCAGAUCACACAGACAAGGUUUAGUGCCUGGACAGAACUGCCCUACAAAGCCAAAACGCAGUAACUAUGCUAACAAUGAGACUAAAAAAAAUGGCUUCAAAAUGUAAAAUGGUCUCACUCCAUUUUUUCUGAAACUGAGCAAAUUUGAGCCAAAGCUGUCUGUUGUCUAAGAGCCGUAGCUCAUAGGAUAACUUAUAAAUGGCCAUAAGAGGGGGAACAGAAUUGAGAAAGGACCUUUAGCCGGGACUCAUACUCAGGUAGCCGGUGUUGCUACCACACCUUAUGUCGAAGAACUGCACAUGAACAUGACUCUUAACAUGGUCAAAGCUCAGUUUUAGCUAAAUUUGUAGUUACUGCUUUUUGCCUAUGCAGGACAGAGUAGAUCAUCAUAUUUAAGUAAGGAUCGCUCAAUUCUAGAAUAAAUCAAGAUCAUAGAGCGAUAGAUUGGACUGUAGACUUUGAUUGCUCUCUAUAUGGGAACAUGAAAAGUAAAAUGUCACUGUAAGUGCACUUUUUGUGAAGUCUACAAAAUCUGGAGCUUUCUAGAAGUCUUGUAAGAUUCCUACUGAUGUUCCAAUUCAUUAGUUGAAGUCGCAGCGUUCUCGUCAGAGGUUCACACUCUAAUGUAUUUCAAUAGAAUUAAGCAUAUGCAGAAUUUCACAAAACAUAACGAUACUCUGUACUUGACCGUACUUAACGGUUUGCCUAUAAAUGAAACCUCACUAUCUCACAAUGCCUUGGGACAGGACGUUUCACCAGUUCACACACUAGAUUACACGCACUCCUUGCUGCAGUGCGCACACUCCAUGAUAUUUGAGUGAGCUGUCUUUCACAUUGCAGUUUAAGAUACAUUCAAAGAUCUCAUUGUCUGUCCUCCAUGUAGUGCUGUAGUGCCUGCCUUGAGACGUAGGUGAAUACGUAUCUUUUGGCGUUACCUUUUUUCUUUCCCAUAAGCCAGGGGGUUAAUUAUUUAUAUUCAUCUGUUUUGUUUUAUUGCUAAUUUUCUCAUGCACUGCCAUUCUUAAUUAGAAAGUUAUUCAUUUUACCCCCUUAAAUAAAGAAGAUGGUAUGGUACUUGUUGUAUACGUCCCCAUAAGCAUAUGUUAUGAUGUCACAGACAUUUCAAAUUCAAUCCAAGCAGGAAAUUAAUAUGUUGCUUGCUUGUUGCCAUAGUUACCUAACUAUAUUAAAACAAAGCUCAAUGUUGUAAGGGUGAAUCUCAUAAAAACUAUUCAGGUCAACACCAUUUUUAGAACUAUUAGGAUUUUUUGCCUCGUGACGUUAUUUUCACUACAAUUAAACACAUGAAUUGUGCACAUUAACCCCCCCCCCACCCAUUCUUGAUAGCUUACUGUAAUGUAGUCAUAUUUUUGUUAAUACAGUGCAAUAUCUGACAUUGUGAUUAUGUCUGCUUAAAACUACUCAAACACACAUUACUCCCGUAAAUUUUCGGCGUAAAUUAGCAAACCAUUGUUAGAGAAAUGGUGGACGGCAACAGUUGCUAAGAUACUAUUGGUCAGAAACACUUAAGGCGUGGCUUAGCGAAGGGACAAUUUAUCAUUCCCCCUGACCGAAUGUAAAUACCAUCACAAGGAAUUUUCAAAUUUAAGCUUGCGGUACCACCUUUGUUUUUAUGUCACACUCAGCAGGAGGCAGUUGUUACAACUCCAGCUGUACAGGCAACUAAACCGACAGCUGUUCAAUGACAGCUGGACAAAGUACAGCAGAAUGCAGGUAUCUCAAGACAUGUUGUUUUAAAGUUUUAUGUAAUAUUUUAUAUUUAACCUGAAAUAGCUUUCUAAAAAUGUGCCAUUUAUGACUAAAGAUGCUGAAAACCAAUGAAACGCAACACAACCACUGUGACAUACUCAAAGUGUCCAUGUGAUGCCAAUAUACGGUUGCUUAUAGGUGCACUCAGUAACUUUUUGCUUGUCAUCUUGGACUUACAGUGACACCUAGUGGUUUGGAUGCAGCAGUGGUGUGGAUGCAGCAUUUGAUUCAAAAGCAAUCGUUUUCAGUCACAGAUGUCCUUAUAGAAAAUCACUCUUCACAAUCAGCCAUGAUUAAUGUAAUCCAAGAGUACAUGUCCAAUAACAAGCCGGUUACUGAGAUUAAGCGAGUAGUAUUCAGCUGGUCAUGUGAUUCAAACAUGGCAGCCCCCAUGUGGGCUCCCCUGCCUCAUGUAGAGUAAAACAGCUUUUAUAAGGUUACUGACAUGACUAGAGACCUCAUCUCAUGUGAUUACAGUUGAAUGAAAAUUACAGUUAAUUUCAAGUUAAAAAGUUACAGUUAAAAAAAAAGAUAUAUAUUUUUAAUGAGGAGAAAUUACUAAGUGCACCUUUAAUUGUCUUGAAAAUGUCACAGUGCAAAAAGUGUUUAGUGGUCCUUAAAAAUACACUUAUAUAUAUUAAAUAUGACCAAGACCAUUUUUUGUGAGAUUUGCAUUACAACGAUGUCACUAUUGCAGCAUAAACUACCCCAAGACAGUAGAAUGUGGUCACAUGAGUAAAAUUACUUUUGCUGUUGGUAGGGGUAACUAUAGCAACGUCACGAUUAAACUGCAUCAUCACAUAUGCUACUAACCUAUCAGAUGGUAUAAUUGCACUCCAAGCAAACGUUUACAGUUUUGUUUACUGAUGGUGACUAAAAAAAGUCUACCUCCAUAUUGUGUUGUUAAUUUGGAAUGAUUUCAUGGGAUAUGGAAGACCCACUCACAAGUAGUAGACCUAUUGUAUUAUCAGUCGUCUUUCCAAGUCACCUUCAAGUCGUGACGUCACUUUCUUGACUUGGCCUACAGUCAUUUAAACAUGGGCAGCCCCACUUUGUAAGCCCAUUCCAGCUCUUUCUUUAAUGUCUUUAUUUUAUGUUGCCGUGUGAUGCUGACCCGCUCUUGCCAACCCUGGGUUGCAUUGGCAGUAUUUGAAGGAGUUUCUCAGCACCCAGUGUAAUGAGCUAAAUUUCUGGUCCGUAGAGGUUUUAAAGUGCCAGUUCGUAGAAUGAAAAGCAUUACCCGUUCAGAUGGUGAACAAACAUAUUUUGUGUGUUUGAAAAUGUAUGUACUGUUUUGAUUUUCUUUUGAUGCUGAAAUGUUUGCACAUUUUGAGACCAUGAUUUUUACACUGAUUUUAGUACUUGUCCGUCAUUCUGUUUGUUUGGACGUGCGAUGUUCUUGCGUGAGGAUCCGAGAUAAAAUGGUUGCCCUGGUUACCAGCUUUGUUGGCCAAGUUGGUCACGUGGGCACUCACUGAUAUAAAUUCUGCUUUCGUUUGUCAGGUCUAUUUGUGGUAAAUGUUUUGCUGGUUGUAGACCGUGCCAUUGCCAUGCCAGCUUUUACAUUAUAUUGGUAGGUGCACAGUCAAACAGACUAGUGAAAUGAACAUUUAAAAGAUGACCGGUUUUAUAAAUUCUGAUUAUAAUAUCUAGAGCCAGACAUCCUAUUGCUGGCUGGUGCCAAAGAAUCUGACUUGAUCAACAUAACUGGUACCCCGGCUAGAGGAUGUCAUAAUGUGUGAAUUGGAAAACUUCCUAUAUGAAUGUAAUGUCAGAUUAUAAUUAUUUCUUUUUUGGCACCACUAGGUGUCAUCAUAACUGCUUGCCUGUAUAUACAGAACAUUCUAGGACCUUUCCAAUGUAACAGAGCUCUGUAGCUGCAAAAUUCACCAUGUUUAAUGUGUGAAUGUCACAUCUUUUGAUAAGUUCUCCCUAAGCUCAACAAACAGGUUGAAUUUGUCAGUGAAGCCCAACACACCACUGCUGCCACUCCAGGGUUAUGAAUGCACUUUGUAUUUGUGUGGGUGAGUAUAUUGUCUGAUAUAAUUGAGUGUGUCUGUUUGUCUGUGUUUCAAGCAAAGAGACUUCUUUUCUGUAUGAUGAUUGAGAGUAUUGCCAGCGCACUCUGGCCAAAACGCCUUGCGCCUCAUGUAACCGAUGACAGAAAAGUAAAAGAAAAGACAAAAACAAAAGAAGUUUAUGACUCUGAAAUGAAUUGUAUGUUUUUAUUAGACAGUCCACUUAUCUGGUACCGAACUUGUAUCUGUUGUUUGUCCACUUUGUCUAUUGUAUAAGAAAAGCCAUGUUUAUAAUUGAAUUUGGUUUGUGACCAAUAAGCCUGUUUAUAUCAAAACUGUAUAUCAGUGGUAUGCAUAUUUUUUUUAUAUAUAUAAAUAUAUUUUUAUUUUUUCUCUUUUUUUUUUUAAACUCCAAAUUCUACGCAUGAGUGGCAUCUGAAAGGCCCAUUGAGGUAGUACUGAUUUGACAAUGUGCAGGAGGACAUCAUGAGUUUGCCUAUGACGGCUGGCGCUUUGAAAGUGUUGCUAAU